CGGAAAACAUGACGUCACAAGCCUCCGCAACCGGCGCGGUUUGAGACGGAACAGCGUGGAUUCGCUAUUAUUUCCUUGGAAAUUUCUCCUGGUGACAUCAUGGCUUCAGAUGACAUUGCCGAGCUGGUUGAUUCUCUCUCCAACACCCAUGUUGGGGAUGGAGAGUUGAGCUUUAAAGGCUUAGGGCUGAAGCUGGACAACGCAGAAUCAGUGGAAGAGCUGGUGCAGGAGAUAGAACAGUGUCAAGAUUUGAGAGCCUUGCGCUUGGAGGGAAACACUUUGGGCGUUGAGGCAGCCGUAGCCAUCGCCCAGGCACUGGAAAGCAAACAUAGGCUUCAGAGUUGUUAUUGGAGCGACCUUUUUACUGGAAGACUACGCUUUGAAAUCCCAAAAGCCCUAGAAUCACUUAGCAGUGGAAUAAUGAUGGCAGGGGCCCGUCUGACUGUGCUGGACUUGAGUGAUAAUGCGUUUGGACCAGAUGGCGUGCGGGGCAUUCAACAGCUUCUUAAAAGUCCUACCUGCCACACCUUGAAAGAGCUAAGACUCAACAAUUGUGGGAUGGGAAUCGGAGGAGGAAAGAUUCUGGCAGAAGCACUGAUGGAGUGCCACAGAUCCUCAGUAACUGCUGGAUCUGCGCUCAAAUUGAGAAUAUUUGUUGCUGGAAGAAAUCGUUUAGAAAAUGAAGGAGCCAGUGCCCUGGCCAAGGCCUUUCAGUUGAUGGGAAGUCUGGAGGAGGUCCACAUGCCCCAGAACGGCAUCAACUAUGCAGGCGUCAUCGCUUUAGCUUCUGCCAUGCGACACAACCCAGACCUGCGGGUGCUCAACCUCAACGACAACACCUUCACAAAGAGAGGAACACUGGCUAUGGCACAGGCUCUGGGGCAUCUGAGGAAUGUCCAGGUGAUCAACUUUGGUGACUGCUUGGUCCGCUGUGAAGGAGCGAUUGCCCUCGCAGCAGUCCUAAGAGAGGGCUUGCCAAUCCUCAAGGAGCUGAAUCUGUCCUUUGGAGAGAUCAAAGAGGCGGCGGCGCUCGUGGUUGCUCAGGCCGUCAUGGACAAACCUUACAUGGAGAAAGUGGAUCUGAACGGGAACUUUUUGGGCGAGGAUGGCUGUGAGGGUCUCAGGGAAGCCAUGGAGAGCCAAGACAAAGCAGUAAUGCUGGCUUCACUCAGUGAUGACGAGGGAGAACCUGAUGAUGAUGAUGAUGAUGAUGAUGAUGAUAAUGAUGAGGGCGAGGCAGCGGCAAAUGACGACUGUUGCAAUGGGGAGGAGUUUGGAAAAGAAAAUGGAUUGCUGGCAAAAGAAGACAGUCCUUCCAAGUGCCAUUGUCCAGAUGAGGUAUUGUCUUUCGUUGCUUGCCCAUCUGCUGAGAAGCUUCUUCAGCUAGGAGAAAUGACGAGACAUCUGCUGCCAGAGGUGGACAUGACGAACCCACAUAAGGCAGCUGAUGUCCUUCUGAAAGUGGCUUCUUUAUACAGUGAGAAACCUGUCAUCCAGACCACAGUGCUGGAAACUUGUGACAUGCUGUUGAGAAAACUUCUCUCUGGUUCAGCCUUCCAGGCGUACACCUUUCUCUCUACCCUGCUGGUCCUCAUGGGAAUCCUCCAGGGAGAAGGGAAGACGAAAAAAGUGCCACUGGUAGCAGGCCAACUGUUAUGUUUGGAACAUGCCGUCCAGCAAGACUACUUUGCCCAGCACCACGCAUACCUGCUUCACAUUGUCCUGUCAAAGAACCGCAACGCUCUCAAUUUGUGCAGCAGUAGCAUGGAGAGAUUAAGCUCCGCCUUAGAAAAGAGGUGCCUUGACCAACAUUGAUGGACCGCUGCUGAAAAAUAUAUGCACACACAUUCUGGGAUUCAUUCCUCCACAAUAGAAGCCUGUGAAACCACUGUUGAUUGUAUCAAAUCUGUCCAGUAUAUGUUUUUAUAUUUUUUUACUCAUGCUAGAGAUUUUUAUUUUUAUAGAGAGUACACAGUAAUCAUAAUGAUACAUAUCUGCAUAUUAACCUCCAGUUUUUUGUGGAGAAAGAAAAAGUCAAGAUAGUUUACAGUAAAAUGGCAGAUUUUGUAGGAUUGUGCUUUGGUUUGCAAAUGUGCACUUACUUUGACAUGUUGUUUUUAAGGGAUACAUCACAUACAUACACUCUUUUAAUCUAUAUUGUAAUAUUAAUACAGGGAACAUGGACUGCAUAUUAUCAAAAUGGUAAAGGUGUUUGCUGUUUUUCUUGUUAACGUUUAACACUUAAAUAAUGUAUCAUUGUUUCUGCAUCAUUUUGAAAUGUUACUCACUGGAAAGAAAAACAUUGUCAACAUGAUAUUGAUGUCUUUUAUCGCCAGUCUUAAUUAAAAUUGUGCACUUAUGUUGUAUGUUCAGUUUCAGAAUGACCUCAUUAUAGCAUCAUAGAACUGAACAGCGUUCAGGGUGAAGUGGCUCAAAUGUUUUGUAUUGGCUUUCAGAGUAACAUAUUUUCCUUCAUUUAUAAUUGUCACAAUGUUUUUUGAAUGUUAUUUGUACUAAACUCUUAAUACAACUCAAGUUUUGUCAAUUUAUUUUACUUUUUUAUUAUAAUCUGAAUAAAAAAUAAUUUUUCC